AUGGGAAUCGAACCAUCACCACACUCCUCGAUACGCCGAAAGACGAAAGGAAGUUCGAUUGGAGGAAUCAAUGGGCUCGAUAGCCAUGGCCCAAGCAGUAACCAUCGCCAGUCGCUGGCCUUCGAACUAGCAGCAGCCAUGGAACCAGAGGAAAACGAUCAAGCGAGUAUUCUUGAGCAGCUAGAUCGAUUCGACCCAAGCGAUGACCAGUCAUCCUUGCAGUUCCUCGAACCCCAACGACUCCGACUCCAACCUAGCCGGUCAACCAUCGGAUCGACCAGCAAGCGCUACUCAGGCGCGUCCACCUUUGGCUCCUCGUGCUCUCCACGUAAAUCAUCAAUUCGAGAGCCCAGUCUGUCGACCCCCAUGAGGACCCUUGGAAGAGAGCUCUCUCGCUCAACUCUGAACACGAUCGAUCCGACUUCACCUUCAAACAUCUUUGAUGAAUCGGGUCACCCCAUCGAUCCUCAACACGAAGACCCCUCUCAGAUCGAAGAUGACGAAGAAGCUGGGAUCUUUGGGUCGCGGAGGUCACCAGAAGAUCUUGAGCCAUCCGAGGACGAAGAUGCGGAAAUACUACAAGCCGGUCUGGAAUCGACUGCCAAAUUUUUGAACCUCUUGAAACAGUCUAAUACCGAUUGUCCAGCAUCAAUGCUCACCCCCAAAGCACCCGAUAGCCAACAGCCUCAAGCCCUGAGCCCAUCCACACCAACAACACCAACGAGGACGAGGGCGAUGGAUGAGAGUCGUCAGACAGACAGACAGCCAGUAGUCGAAAAGAUGAUCACAGAUAUCGUCCGUACCAUGACCGAGCAAGUCCGAGACCGCGAAUCACAAAUCCGCGAGCUCAAGGAAAUCGAAAUCGCGCUCUCGAGAACGGACAGAAGGUUUUUGGCCGACCUGGAAGAGCUGCCGGAUCUGUUCGAAGAGCGAGACUUCAGAAAUUCGACGAUCUUGGGCAAGUCUCUGGUCACCCAACCGGACCAUCCCUCAUCAUCGAGGGAUGGAUCACCCAAGCCGCUCGACGAUUUAGAGCAGCUCGAUCCACACGAUCACGAGCACGUCGAAGUGGAUGAGGUUGAUUUGGAGGAUGAACUGGAGGGCGGACGCUUGACGCCGACCGGUGGUGGUGGUGCGCGGGACGAGAAGCGAAGCUCGUUCCAGACCGACUCGCUGACCGAUCUAUCCCAUCAAGGCCGAGGCACGACGAAGAAGGUCGACGAGAAGCGGUCGAUGGAAAACUUGGGCGAACUCAAGCUGAUCACCAGCAGCCUGAUCCACUCCCUAAACCAGAUCCACGAACACACUCAGAUCAGCAGACAGACCCAGAUCGAAAUCGUCCGCAAGCUCAAGGGCGUCAAGGGCCUCGUCGCUAACUGGAAAACCGACUUCGACUCGAUCCAGAACUCGAUCGACUUUAUCUCCAAUUGGGAGCUCGAUCAGUUCAGGGGUCCCAAUGAUUCCCAAGAAACACCCCUCAGAAAUUGUCGUCGGGAAAAGAUCAGAGGGAUCUUUGAAGUCCAAGUCAAAUUGGCGACAUCGGAGGUGGAAAAACUCCUGGACGACGCCUUCGCCAAUGCAUCCGUUUUGCUUCAACAACCACACCCUACUGCCCCUUCGCUCAUCAACUAA